UCCUCCUCGAGCAGAAGUUUGAUCUCAGCGCGCACAAGGAGGAUUCUAAUUACACAAGUACGAUGCAUCAUCGGAAGUGUCUUGGAUAUGUAUAUAUCGCUGUUUACCUGUGGACGGCGUUCUGCUUUAAAGGUUGUUUUUGUGGUCAGUACCAGCGGAAGCUGUAUAAGGAUCUGUUGAUGAACUAUAACCGUCUGGAGAGACCAGUGUUCAACGACUCCUCUCCUAUACUGGUAGAACUGGGCCUCACACUGUUACAGAUCAUAGACGUGGAUGAGAAGAACCAGGUUCUGAUGACCAACGCCUGCACUGGACAGAUACCUACCUCUCCUGGAACCCAGAGAACUACCCAGGUGUUCAGAACCUUCGUUUCCCCCUCCAAUCAGAUCUGGGUUCCUGAUAUCCUCCUCUACAACAGCCAGGAGGCGGAUAAAACCGUCCGCCUGCUCUUGCAGAUGCCUGCCGCUGUCACGCACUUCUGGGCCCAGGCUCGCACUGGUGCUCCUCUGAAGUCUGGAACCAGCUACCCGC